CAGCGUUGAUCUAAACCAGGACAAUUAUAUAAGUAACGUGUGCGACCGCUUGCGACUCUUUCUGCAGUAGAUUUUUAUUUUGUCAAUUCCCUGUCUUAUUCCCCCUCCCCUCGAUUGGCGUCAGCGCAAAAGCCUACCCCGCCAACCUCAUUGUGUGCCAGACGGAUACCCUCAUAGUUUUGACAUACUCCCUUAGAGUAAAAAUCUUUUGCAUUGCAAAUUCUUCACAAUGGCUUCCGACCAGUCUUCCCACAAAUUCGAGACGCUGCAAUUGCACGCCGGCCAGGAACCCGAUCCCACGACGAACGCCCGUGCAGUGCCAAUUUAUGCCACUACUUCCUUUACCUUCAAUGACUCCGCUCAUGGCGCUAGACUCUUCGGUCUUAAAGAAUUCGGCAACAUCUACAGCCGUAUUAUGAACCCAACUGUCGAUGUCUUCGAAAAGCGAAUCGCGGCCCUUGAAGGCGGUGUUGCAGCCGUCGCGGCUUCGUCCGGCCAGGCUGCUCAAUUCAUGGCAAUUGCUGCUCUAGCCCACCAGGGUGACAACAUCGUUUCUACCACGAAUCUCUACGGCGGUACCUAUAACCAGUUCAAGGUCAUGCUCCCACGCUUGGGAAUUCAGACCAAAUUCGUAAACGGUGACAAGCCAGAGGACAUUUCUGCUGCGAUUGACGACCGCACAAAGGCAGUUUAUAUCGAGACCAUCGGUAACCCACGCUACAAUGUCCCUGACUUUGAAGCUAUUGCCAAAGUUGCCCAUGAGAAGGGUGUGCCUUUAAUCGUUGACAACACAUUCGGUGCGGGUGGUUAUUUCUGCCAGCCCAUCAAGCACGGCGCCGACAUCGUCGUUCACAGUGCCACCAAAUGGAUUGGUGGCCAUGGAACCACCAUUGCAGGUGUUGUCAUUGACAGCGGCAAGUUCGACUGGGGCAAGCAUGGCAAGCGAUUCCCACAAUUUAUCGAGCCAUCCGAGGGGUACCAUGGCCUGAAGUUCUGGGAGACAUUCGGCUCGAUCGCUUACGCUAUUCGUGUGCGUGUUGAGAUCCUUAGAGAUUUGGGCGCUGCCUUGAACCCAUUCGGCGCCCAGCAAAUUCUUCUCGGUAUAGAGACGUUGAGCUUGAGAGGCGAGCGACAUGCUAGUAACGCAAUUGCGCUUGCUCGCUGGCUGGAGAAGAACGAGAACGUUGCCUGGGUCUCAUAUCCUGGUCUCGAAAGCCACCCAAGCCACGAAACUGCGAAGAAGUACCUCAAACGUGGCUUUGGUGGCGUGCUAUCAUUCGGUGUUAAGGGAGGCGCUGCAGCAGGUAGCGAGGUUGUCGAUAACUUUAAGUUGAUUUCAAACCUUGCCAAUGUCGGUGAUUCCAAGACCCUCGCCAUCCACCCGUGGUCAACAACCCACGAGCAGUUGACUGAGGAAGAAAGAAUCGCCUCUGGUGUCACCGAAGAUGCCAUUCGUCUUUCAGUCGGCACUGAGCAUAUUGACGACAUCAUCGCUGACUUUGAACAGUCAUUUGCCGUGGCUGCCGAUUCCACUGUUUAAAAGAUUCUCGUACAUGAAAACGGCGUUCCUAGAACCAACAACCAAUUAUUUUUUUUCUUCCGCGGAGAAUACAUAACCGCUGGGCCCUUGGGAAGUCCGAUGACAACUUUCCGCGGGAACGGAAGAACCCGUUAUGCUACAUAUCAUGAGAAGCGUUAAAUUUUUCGGGGAGGAUGAUACACCUUUAAUGUCCUUUUGAAUAUAAGAAUACUCCAUGCAUAGUGGUGAUAUAGUUAACAAGUGAAACAGCCAAUAUGUGGUGAA